AUGGACAACAUCGACGACGAAUAUGAAUGGCCUGUGGAAUAUCUUCGCGACUGUGCGAGGAAAGCGAAGUUUCAAAACCACGAAGAGACGCGUGACUUCGGAAACUCUAGAGCGGAUACGAUUGAAGAAGUCUUGGAUGAAGGACAGCCAUGUGAGCAAGCAGGGUUUCGAAAGGGAUUCAGCACGAUUGACCAAAUUCACACUAUUUCCAAACUCAUCGAGUUACUUCACAACCCGAACUUCGCCAUUCCACGGGAAUAUCGAAAUUUGGAAUGGGACGACACAGGAGUGAAGGUAACACCUAGCAUCAACCAAGCGGAACAAAUGCUGACCGAGUUCGGCGAAACAUGUGGAUGUUUCGGUCUUCAGCUGAAUCUGCAGAAGGCGAUGUUUAUGCGUAAAAGUGUUAUCACAGCAGAAAAUGUAAUUUUCGGCAGAGGACAUAUGCAACUUAUCAAAUUCGGCGAAAAUGAGGAGGACGAAUCUACUGCACAACAAGGAAGUAAAACUUCCAAUAAGGAAAACGAUUUUUCUCUCCGAAAAGUGUCUUCGAGAGAACGAAAAGCAAUCCGUAAAGGGUACGAAAUGCUUCCAGGUGCGAGAUAUGCUGUUGCGACCAGAAAAAUCACUGAUGCAGUGAUCACACAUCUCAGCAAAUUCGCUUCAUGUCAUAAGGACUACAGACUUCUCAUGGUUGAGUCACGAAGAAGAAACCGAACCCAGUAUCAAAAUUCAUUCUCGCCUCCAAUUCAGUUGGCUGAACGAGGAAGCAGGUUUGAGAAAUUACAUCUGCUAAGACCAAAGGAAGAAGAGCUGAAGGUCGUCGCAUCGGGCUCAUUUGAGACAGUGGAACGAAGUCACAGUUUUACUUCGUAA